GCCGCGUAGAACGAGGACGACAACAACAACAACGGAGACCGAAAACCUCAACAGAAGAUAUCAAGAACAACAACCAAGAUUGACAUGCUCGCCACUAUGAGCUCCAGACAAAGAAAAGGCCGGGAUGGCUUUUUCGUCAAGGAAACACCUUCUUUGACGGGUACUACUGGUGAUAUUCAUACCUGGUUCGCGGGUUGGCAUCUUGACAAUGACUUCUCCGUUACCAAGACCAAUGAGUUUGUUGAUAUCCUCCGCAACCUCAGCUGGACUGCGGCUGAUCUUCGUCAACUGUCUGUUCAAGAACUUUUAGCCGGCCUCAAUGCCUGCGGUUACAACUUUGAGUGGGCUGCUCGAUUUGCUGCCGAUAUGCAGAGAGCUAUUACCUUGAAGGAUCUGAUUAGCCUCCGUCCCGAGAUAAAAGACCACGAUCUCCCAAUGAUCAGAAUCUCUCCCAACAAACGUUUUAUCCGCGAACUCCCUGGCGUUACCGCUACUGAAACUGAGGUUCGUGCCUGGCUCAAUCUUUGGUUCAAUCACCGUCCUAGGGAACCCGAAUUCAAGCUCUUCGCUACCAAGUUUGAGUACCAGGCCCCCGAAUCCCUUGUCGGUGAAGUCCCCUGGAACGGCGCCCGCCUUCUUUUCUUGACGACCAAUGAUCUAGAUCGGUCAAUCCUGGGCCGCAACCUUAGACCCGUCUACAGACGUGCCUUGGCAGCGGAUAUUCGUGCAGCUAGACAGAAGUUGAAGGAUAAUAUUGGCCAGAAGGCGUGGAAGAACUUAAUCAGGGAUCAUAAGGGCGCGAGGCAAAGACACUCGGUGUAG